AUGGCAAAAGAAAGAGGAAAGAGAGGCAGAGAAGGAGAGGGGAUAGGGGACGAAAUCAGCUUCGUUCAACAGGUGUGCGGGGAGGAGACAGAGGAAAUACGACAAGAGACACCAGCAGCAAGAACGCACAGGCGCAAGAGACCAAGACAGGACCAAGAGUCCAUUUUUUUUGGAGAUGAAGAUGAUGAUGAUACUUCUAGGGAUGAUGAUGCGAAUUACGAACCGCCGGAGAAGAGACAAGAGGAGCUAAGGGAGCAGCAAGAGAGCUUUCUUUUUUUAGGCCCUUCUUCCGGUGAUGGAACGGAUGCAGCAGCAGGAGACGCUGCAGCAGCAGCAGCAGACGCUGCAACAGCAGCAGCACAACGAGAAAAGGCAGAGAGCCUGCGACAACACAUCUUGCAGUAUGUUGAGGAUACGUUAGCAGAAGGACCAAAUAUAGAGAUAGGAGGAGAAGAAAUGGAUUACAACAGAUGGAUAGCAUCACUAACAGGCAUAUAUGAUUUAGAUCUCCCAUAUGGAGGAGACCAAGGAAAAGAAAACGAAAAAGAAAAAGAAGAGGAACCUGCAGAAGAAAAAGGCAAGGAAGAAAGACAGGCAAAAAAGAACGAAGAGGAGGCGGAAAUAGAAAAAGAAAGGCAAGAGGCAAAAGAAAAAGAAAAUGAAGGGGAGGAAAGGGAGAUACAAACAGAAAAAGAAGAGGAGGAAUACGAGGAAAUCGAAGAAGAGGAACAAGUGCUAGCGGGAAUAGAAAAGGAUAUAGAAAACCAGAAAGGGAAACAACAAGAAAAGGAAACAGAAAAGGAAAAUGGAGGGGGAAAAGAAAAAGGAAAAGAAAAAGAGGAAGAAAGAAAGAAAGCGAAGAGUUGGAGGCAGCUACUCUUCAUCGAUUUGGUCGAACGCGUUGGGCCAUCUGUUCUUCUUGAACCAACAUUGUCUGAUGAUGAAGCAAAAGAAAAAGAUGAAGAAAAAGGGGAGGGAAGGGGAGAAGAACAAGGAGAAGAAAGCGCUGAGGAAAAGGGACAAGAAAAAGGAGGGGAAGGAGGAGAAGAUACACUUCUUGCAGAUUCUGGUGAUGAGGGCCCUUCUACUGGUCUUAGUGCUGCACAACGUGAGAGGCUGCAGCAGGAGAGCAGAAACAGCAGCAGCAGCAGCAGCAGCAGCACCAGAAGCAGAAGCAACAGCAGUAGCAGUAGCAGCAGCAGUAGCAGUAGCAGCGAUUUCGUAUCGAUAGCAACAUCAGCUUUUUCUUUAUAUUCUGCUCCACAGCUUCAAGGAGUAGUCAUUAUAAACCCCAUCGGUCAGCGCCCUGUAGAAAAAGAAAAAGAAGAAAAAGAAAAGGAAGAAGAAAAAGAGAAGGAAGGAAUAGAAGAAGGGGGAGAGCGAGAGAUUAAAAAAAAGAGAAAAACCAAACGAAAGAAAAAACCACUAAUCAGAGAAUUCAUAGACACUGUGCCUAUAGCUAACACCAACAGCUCUUAUCUUCUUGGCGCCAAAGAAAUUAAAAACCGUCAUAAACAAGAACAAAAUAGAAAGUGA